AUGGUACCAGUUGAGACUCCUAUUGCAUCCAGUUUCCACUUCUGCUGCCCUCUCUUCACUCUCCACACUUCAUACAGCUCAGCUCUACCACAGCAUGCUGGAAGCCUGUUCACCACGUCUGCUCUUCUCUGUGCAAAGACCCGCGAGAUUCUCGACCUGCUUUCAGAGACGCCGACGCAGUUAUCUUCCACCCAAAUUGGUACUCCCAGUUCACAGUCCCUUGUACCCGACGUUCUGAACCUAGACGAAGCCAUGACGAUGAUGACUACUGUUCAAGGUCGCCUUGGAAACACGACGAAUUUGCGAAGGCUCGCUCGAAUCAAGUCUUUUCUGCCGUCGGCUUUUGCGCAUAAACCAAAGUCUACGCUUUCUUGGAAUAAGUUGAGAGAACAAUCGAGUUCACUACCCCCUCGGAUCGGCGAGAGAAACCCAGGCGGAAUUUAG